CGCCGCCUCACCUGGGGCAGGCCGGGAGCGGGGCGCCGCGGGGCCGCUUCCGGAGCGCCGGGGCCACGGAGAUGGCGCCGCCCGCUGAGGCUCUGGGCGCCGGGAGGCCCCGGUAACUAGGCCCAACAUUCUCCUCUUGGCUCUGUAGCAGUGAGGAAUGGCUAUGGAAGAUCCCGACAAGAAGACUGAAGUAGUACUGCUGGCCUGUGGGUCCUUCAAUCCCAUUACCAACAUGCAUCUCAGGCUAUUUGAGUUGGCUAAAGACUAUUUUGAUGAAACAGGAAAAUACAAAGUAAUCAAAGGAAUAAUUUCACCAGUAAGUGACGCAUAUAAGAAGAAAGGUCUGAUCAGUGCUGAUCACCGAGUAACCAUGGCAAAAUUAGCUACCAAAAACUCAGAUUGGGUGGAAGUUGAUGACUGGGAAAGCAGCCAGAGUGAGUGGUUGGAAACAGUAAAAGUUUUAAGGUACCAUCAUCAAAAGCUUUUGUCUUCUGAUCCCACUAAUAGUCUGCAGAAUACUUUACCUUUAACAAAGCCGGGACGGAAGAGGAAACAGGAACCAAAUAGACACGAGCCUAUUAAAAAGAAAAAUCAGAGUCCAGAUACAAAAAGUACCCCACAGAUUAAACUGCUUUGUGGAAGUGACAUGCUGGAAUCCUUUGGGAUCCCCAACCUGUGGAAGUUGGAGGACAUCACUGAAAUUGUGCAAAAUCAUGGCCUUGUAUGCAUCAGUAGGGCUGGAACCAACGUUCAGAAAUUCAUCUACGAAUCUGAUAUUUUGUGGAGACAUAAGAAUAAUAUUCACCUUGUGGAAGAAUGGAUCACAAAUGACAUUUCCUCCACCAGGAUCAGGAGAGCGCUGCGGAGAGGCCAGAGCAUUCGUUACCUAGUGCCUGAUGUAGUUCAGGCAUACAUAGAGAAAAAUAAUCUAUAUAAUCCAGAGAGUGAAGACACGAAUGCUGGGGUUGUCUUAGCUCCCUUACAAAAAUAUGCAAGUGAUUCCAAGAACUAACAGGCCCUGUACAAUGAAUUUACUUUCUGCUGUGAAAAGGUACUAGUUCAGUACAGGAAAAUGUGUUUUGUUUUUUAGUUUUUAUUUGCUUGUUUGUUUUUGGUGACUUUUUUAUUAAAUAGAAGGCAAAUUCUGUGGCUUUAGUAGACAUGUAGUUGCUGUAGAGGUUUGGUUUGCUUAAGAAUUGGGCCUACACAAUCUUUUUUAAAAAUACAGUUAGAAGAUUUUCACUUUUAAGCAUAUUGUCACAGUUCAUUAAGUAAAUUCAAGAAUUCACAGUGGUAUAUGAGAAUUACAAAUUGAUGAACAGAAGAAAUGAAAAUGUUCUGAUUUGUUUUAACUCAGACUGCUCUGCUAUUUAUAAAAUAGGAACACAAAUGUUUUUAAUAACUCACAGUGCUGUAAGUAACAAAUCCAUUUAAUUUCAAAACGUACCACUUACUGAUAGUAAAUCCCUAUAAUUAUUAUUACUUUUUAAGUUGCUAACAUAUGAUGCAACUUGAAGAAAUGAUUUAGCUAUACCCUGGAAGGGAAAAAUUUACUCCUGGCUGAAAUGGUGCUAGAUAGAUCAUGCUUUUACUUGCCUGCCUUUCAAAUAUGAAGCCUGUUUACUUGCUCUCACGUAGUUUGCUCCCCAAAAUGCCUUGUGAUUUACUUUUCCAUUCAUGUUUCCAGAGCUGUAGGAUCAGUUCAACAAUGUUUCUCACAAGAGGAUGGAGCUACUUCAGAAACUGCUUUAUAGCCAUUGAUUGAUUUAAUUGUAAAGAAGUUAAUAAUAGUGUCAUUGCAGAUUCUCAGACAGUUGUCCCUUUAUAUGAAAUAAUAGAGCCUUUACUUUUGAGCCAAAUGUAUAUAGCUAGAUAUGUUUUUAUGUUAGUGGAGUUGAAAAGAAAUAGUAGGACACUUAGGACUGUUCAUAAGUGAAAUGUUUUUCUUUGCUGGAAAUCUGGUUUAGAAUCUAAAAACAUAUUGUCUGUAUUAAGUGGAUAUAAACUAAAGAGGCACUGUGAAUGUCAUGGUAAUAGAAUUCUACCUCCUUUUCUUUGCUGUCAUCCCAUUUUUGGUUUGGAUUACGUGCCUUAAUAAAAAUGUCAAGGUUUCCAAGACGCUA